CUUGCCUUCGCUCACUGUGAGUUCAUCCCCAGCCGCUCUGCUCACAAUUCCAGGUCGGAUGGCGGCGACAACGCAGCUGCUGGUGGCUGUAGCAAUGCUGGCAGUUCUGCGUCCUCUCGCCAGAGCAGACAGGUGUAGUGAGAUUUGUCAGAUGGAGAACUAUGCUGAUCAGUGUCGCACCUGCUUGAACCGUCCUCCCGUGCGAUUCGGCAAGCGUUCUUCUUCUUCUCCUCCGGAACACGCAGGCCAUAUGCACGAAUGGACAGGCCUGCCUCCAAGUCAGCUGUUGUAUCUGCUUCUUCAAAGAGCAGUUCGGCUCCACGGCCGUAGUCCUACUUCCAAGUCAUCUUCCCUCGUCCUACCAAAGUUACAUAACAAAUUGGGAAUGUAAAUUACUUCUAAAAAUAAAAUGUGUUUAAAUACAUGGUUUCUUGUAAAUUGUCAAAGCAUGUGCUCAAUAUAUAAGAUUAAUUUCUUGUAGAUGAUGCGGAUGUUGUAUAGUGUAAAAAGAAUGUUUAUUUGUGAGACUGAAAUAUAACGGUUUUACAGGUCUUGUUGUUUAGUGAUACAUUGAAUUAUAAGCACCGCAUUAACACAUUGAUAUUUUAUGUUUUAAAACUUUAAUAUUGAUAUCUAAAUCCUUGUUUCGAGUUUCUGUGAUACGCCAUUACGGUAAAACUGUUUAAUUUAUGAAUGAUGCAGUUGUGUCAUUUUACAUGAUGGGUAAGGUUACAGUAAUUAUGUUAAUAAAAAGGUGAAGUUUUAA